CCAAUUCAAUUGAAUUUAAUCGAUUUCUAACCCUGGUCAGGUCAGUCUUCGCCCCUGCUUUAACCAUGGUUGCCAUUUCAGUUUUAUAUUGGACGCCAAGCAUGCAUUUCAAUGGCGACCAUGACAGACAGUCCCACUCCCACUCCCACUCCCACUGCUCUCACAGAAUUUAAAGAUCUUUUUCCUGAUUUAUAGAGAAAUUUUAAAAUGAUGAUGAUGAUGAUCGAAGAUCCGCCGGGGGCAAAUCCGACCGUUCAAAUCCCGCCUUGGGAUUGCAGCCCAGAUCUGACGGCGCACAUUAACUCUCUGCACCGCUAUUUGCCGUCCAACCAAGACGACGUCGUUGUGGACGCCGCCGGGGACGGCGACGACGACUCCGACGACUUUGACGUUCCGGUGGACGCCUACUCCUGCGACGAUUUCAGGAUGUUCGAGUUUAAGGUGAAGAAGUGCGCACGUGCGAGGUCACAUGACUGGACGGAGUGCCCGUUUGCUCACCCCGGUGAGAAGGCUCGCCGGCGGGAUCCCCGGAAGUACCAUUAUUCCGGCAGCGCGUGCCCGGACUUCCGUAAAGGCGCGUGCCGGCGCGGGGAAGGGUGUGAGUACGCGCACGGCGUAUUCGAGUGCUGGCUCCACCCGGCGCGCUAUCGUACGCAGCCCUGCAAGGACGGCACCCACUGCCGCCGGCGCGUGUGCUUCUUCGCCCAUACGCCGGAGCAGCUCCGUGUGCUGCCGUACACCGCCGCCGGCAGCCCCGACGCCGGCCACGACCCGACCCUCGCGUUAUUCGGAUCUUCCCCGAGAUCGUCGUUCUACUCUCCCCCGUCCUCUCCGGCGGCGACCAACUCCCCGCCGGUGUCCCCCGGCGACUCGCCGAGUCUGAGUCGACUCACUGAGUCGCUCCGCGAGUUGCAGCUGAGCAAGAUGAAGAUGGGGAUGGGCCUAAGCCCAGGCGGGUUAGGGUUAGGGUUAGGGUUACGAUCGCCCCGAGGGCCGUCGACCGGCCGACCUGGAUUCAUGAGCCUGCCGUCGACUCCGGUCCGGUCUGUGAACCGGUCCGGUCUAAACCCGUUCGACGCAUGGGAGGUGUCGUUCUGCGAGGAGGAGCCGGCGAUGGAGAGGGUGGAGUCCGGCAGAGCUCUGCGGGAGAGAAUCUACGCAAAACUCGGUCGAGAGAACUCGCUCGACCGGGUCGGCCGGUCCGACACUCCGGGUUCGGCUGCGGCUCAAGCUCCCGAUUUCGGGUGGGUUUCCGAACUGGUUAAAUGAAAUGAACCGAUCCGGCAGCUCGGCAAGUAUUCCGACCGGCCCGGUUCGAAUAAAAACCCGAUUCGUUGUCAUCUUCUUCCCAAUACACUUUUCCUUUUUAUUCUCACUGAUUGAAGAAAUAUUAUAAAUAUAUAUAUGUAAUUAUUAUUAAUUGUGUGUAAAUAUGGUUGGGUUGGUGCAGGUCAGAGUGCAAUUUUUGUAUGUGGAUGAGAAAUUGUGAAUUCUGUGUAGGAAUUUUAUUGCAUUUGCUGCAUAUUGAAAGAAUGGAAUUUGAUUAAGCCUUGUUUAAUUUCUUUUGUUUUAGAUGUUUUUAUUAUAAAGUAUGAAGGCAUUGUGAAAGUAUAUAUAAAAUGAUGUUUUGUGUUUUUA